AUGUCUCUUUUAGUGAUUUUGUUAUGUGCCAGCUGCGUUUUGAGCGCUGAAUUGAAUUCUAGUGUAAAUAAAGAAAAUGUUAGGGAAGAAAAGCUUCGAAGUGCGCUGAUUGAUGCUUUCCAAAAUAUUAAGCAUGCGUCAGCUAAAGGUGGUAUAGAUGACGAGAGUCCUCAUAUAUCCGAUCUCGUAGAAUCUAUGUCACCCAAUUCCAGUAAAAAUCACAAACGACCUGAAGAAAAUUUAGAUGUUCUUACCGACGACGAUGGUCUGACUUUUGCUGAGGCUUUCGGCGAUGUAGAACCAGAAAGACGAACCUCUAGUACCGAAAAAUCACACAAUGUUCAACACAUAGUGAAAACAACGAAACAAGCUGACAAAACUACGUCUAAACCUAAUAAAGAUGUUUUCUCAAAACUUAAUGAAUCCAUACGAAACACUUUAAACGAAUCGAAAUUGCAACUUAAAAUGGAAGUGUCAAAUUACACAGACUUUGUCAGUAUAGAAAAUAUGUUGAAAAUAAUCGACUCUGAAAUAUUAGUGACGCAGUGGCGUGAAAUCCAGAGAUCAGUGAAAGGUUUGUGCAAGGAGGAAAUACAAGAAUACGUCAAUGGAUUAUUGCAGAGGAAAGUCUGGGCUUUGAAAAGUAAGUUUGUCAAUUUCAUUAAUAGUAGAAAAUAA